AUGAUAACCAACAAGGUUUACUUCGAUGUGACCAUUGGCGGCAAGAAGACCGGCCGCAUCGUCAUGGGCCUGUACGGCAAGAAGGUCCCAAAAACCGUGGAGAACUUCCGUGCCCUUUGCACGGGCGAGAAGGGUUUUGGCUACAAGGGCUCCAAAUUCCACAGGGUCAUCAAGCCUUUCCGCUUUCAAACAAUGGCGCUGACAACCCCUCUGACAGAGCUCUUCAAGAUCAAGCACCCUGUAAUGUUGGCGGGCAUGGCCGGUGCUGCCGGGCCAGAGCUGGCCGCUGCCGUCACAAACGCAGGAGGUUUGGGCAACAUCGGUGGCGUCGGCUACACGCCCGAAGCAUUGCGCAAGACCAUUGGGAUGCUGAAGAAGGAGCUGAAGGACAAGAAUGCACCUUUUGGAGUGGACUUGCUACUGCCGCAGGUCGGAGGCGGAGCUCGGAAAACCAACAAGGACUACACAGGCGGAACUCUGCCGCAGCUGGUAGACAUCAUCAUUGAGGAGAAGGCAGCACUGUUCAUUUGCGCUGUCGGUGUGCCGCCCAAGUGGGCCGUGGACAAGUUUCACAACGCCGGCAUUCCCGUUAUGAACAUGAUCGGCGCUGUGAAGCACGCUGACAAGGCUGUGGAAGCAGGCGUCGACAUCAUUUGCGCUCAGGGUGGCGAGGGCGGUGGCCACACAGGUGACACAGCCACGGCCAUCUUGCUGCCCAAGGUGGUCGAUGCCGUGCGGGGGAAGAAGUCCCCGCUGACCGGAGCGCCUAUCCAGGUUGUGGCAGCAGGCGGUAUCUUCGACGGACGUGGAUUGGCCUCGGCACUGGCCAUGGGCUGCACAGGCGUUUGGGUGGGCACGCGCUUCAUUUGCUCAGAUGAAGCCGGUGCUGGUCCCUUUCACAAGCAGCGCAUCAUGGACGCGGGCUUUAGCGACACCCUCCGAACCACAAUCUACACUGGCCGUCCGAUGCGAGUGCUGAAGACCCCGUACGUUCAGGACUGGGAGCAGAAUCGAACGAAGGAGAUGAAGGAACUCCAG